AAAUCUGUGCUAUCAUGGAUAAGAUUACUUUCGAGUCUUUAUUUCAUGUUUUCUGACACAGACCACAAGAUCUGUAAUUAUCUCGGGAAGCUGUGGGGGCUUAGACAGUACUUUUUAAUUCCUGUGGCUUUUUUUUUGCCUAUUUCUUUGGGGCUGGAGAGUUGGGUGUGUGUGUGUGUGUGUUCCUCUAGAGUGCCAAAAAAAAGUGCUGAAGAGUCCUAGGGAGAUGAGGCUAUUUUUGUUUGAAGCUGAUACUUCUAGCUGAGCCACAAGUGCUGCUUGGAAAGGGCUUAGGUUGUGCCCAGAGGGAGAACUCUGCAGAGAAGAGACAAAGUUCAACAGGACAACAAAGAAGCAGCAGAAACAGUCAGAAACCGAAGAGCCCUCAAAUUUUAACACAGAACCCUCUACCAGAGUUCUCAAAUCCUAAAGUACUGCGCAACGUGACACUUGACGGGAACUUUUCACCUGACUCUUGCUUUCUACGACCACCAUGACUGAGAUCACUGCUGAAGGAAAUGCAUCUACAACCACAACCAUUAUUGACAGCAAAAAUGGAUCUGUGCCCAAAUCCCCUGGAAAAGUGCUAAAGAGGACAGUCACAGAAGAUAUAGUGACAACAUUCAGCUCCCCUGCAGCCUGGCUUCUGGUCAUUGCUCUGAUAAUCACAUGGUCAGCGGUUGCUGUUGUCAUGUUUGAUUUAGUGGAUUACAAAAACUUUUCAGCAAGCUCCAUUGCCAAGAUUGGCUCAGAUCCUCUAAAACUCGUCAAUGAUGCUGUGGAGGAAACCACAGACUGGAUCUAUGGCUUCUUUUCUUUGUUGUCUGACAUAAUCUCAUCAGAAGGGGAUGAAGAAGAUGAUGAUGGAGAUGAGGACAUUGAUAAAGGAGAAAUAGAGGAGCCUCCCUUGGAAAAAAAAGAAAUACACAAAGAAAAGACAGAAAAGCAGGAGAAAUCUGAAAGGAAAAUACAAUCUAAAGUUACACACAAAGAAAAGGAAAAGGACAGAGAAAAAAUAAAAGAGAAACCUGAAAAGAAAGCAACUCACAAGGAAAAAAUUGAGAAGAAAGAAAAACCAGAAACGAAGACAGUGGCAAAAGAAGAGAAGAAACCUAAGACUAAAGAGAAGACUGAAGAAAAGACUAAAAAGGAAGUGAAAAGUGGGAAACAGGAGAGAGGGAAGCAAACAGCUGUAAAAAUAAAAGAAGUACAGAAAGCACCACCAAAAGCCAAAGAAAAGGAAGACAAAGAGACUGCAGCUGUGCCAAAGCAUGAACAGAAAGGUAAACAUUCAGAGGAGGAGGUGGCCAGAGGCUCUAAAAGAAUACUGGAUCAGUAUGCAUUCUGUCGAUAUAUGAUUGACAUGUUUGUCCAUGGGGAUUUAAAACCAGGACAAAGCCCAGCCAUCCCCCCUCCAUCACUGACAGUACAAGCUUCCAGUUCUUCUCUGCCAUCACCUACUCUUGAAGAAAAAGAAGGGGAGAAGAAAGAAGCUGAAAAGAAAGUUACUUCUGAAACAAAAAAGAAAGGUAACUAACUUAAAACCUGUCUG